UAUUAUUUUUUAAACAAACACAACUGAAGACGAAGCCUUGUGCUAUUCACACUGCCGCGGCGGCAAUAACUUGAUUUCGGCUGCUCCAUCAAUUCCGCAACCACACCGCCCAAUUUCCGGAAAUUUUCCCUUUUCAAAUUUUGGCGGGAUGUUUGAUACAGCACUAGCGCAGCAGCAGCAGCAGAAACUCUGCUUUUCAGAUAAGGUGUGUAUUGUUUGCCGUGUGUUUUCGGGGCAUGGUGAUUUUCCUGAUUUCAAAGGCUACCUUAUCUUUGUUGUCGACUUAUCCGAAUUAGUUAAUGGGUCUAAGAAGGAUUUACAAUACAAUAUCCUGCUCAAUUAUGGUCUUAGCACGUCAGUUUGUGGUCUUGAUUCCACACUUUAUUUAGUUGAAUCUCUUAGUUGCUCUGAGAGUCGGAAAGUACACACUCUCGAUGUCGUAACCAAACAUCAAUGCUUGAAGUUACGCGCUAAACAUUUAGGCAGCUUACCUCCUAUGUUGGGCCCCAAACGCUUUGCUAUAAUUGCAUCAAUUCCUAGUACUAAAAAGAUUCUAGUAUUUUCUUCUCAGUUCCAAGUGUUUUUCUAUAAUCCUAAUUCGACUGAUGAUGAUGAUGAUGAUGGUUUUGUUGAUGAUUUUGAUGAAUACGUUGAUUUUGAGAUGUAUGAUGUUGGAACCAAUACAUGGGAAAAACUGCCUCCACUUAUUAUCUUAAAAGUCUACGGUAAUGGUAACUUUACGAAUCCUUCCUUUUUCCUGCUGCACGGGGCUGAGGAAACAGAGAUCCCUAGGAAUGCUUGGGAUGAAGAUUUUGGAAUAUAUGAGAUUUCUCGUUAUACUUUGAUCGAUGAGGAUGUAUUUCUGGUGCAACUUACUUGUGGUAUAAUGCUUAUUCUUGAUCUCAAGUCUCCCUCCAAAGGCUGGAAACUGUAUGAUGAAGGUAUUGUAACUAAGCCUAGUUCAGAUCAAAAUCUGUUUGUAGUUGAGGAGAAAAUCCGAAUGCCUUGGUGUGCUUCUGAUAUUGGAGGAGAUAGGAAAUUUGGAAAUGCUGUUGCGUUUCCACUAUCGUUGUUCCGUGAAGACGAUGCGUUGAAAGUAUAUCCUUGUUCAACCAUCACUCUUCUGGAGGGUCAUGUCUGCAUUGUGCAAGGUGGCGUUAGUCGGAAGUCAAAGCAUCCUCAGAUGGUUAUGGAUGUUGGGAAUGUACAGGCAGAGGUUGUUGCUUCUUAUAGAUUUGUGGUGCCGCAUAGGAUCAAGGAUUUCGCACCUCUCUACAUGUUUGUUUGCCAUCCAAAGCAAAGGAUGGGUGAGAUCAAACGAUCGCUUGAUGGAGCAGUAGUGCAGCACCAGCAGAAGCUCUGCUUUUCUGAUAGGGUAUGUUUUGUUUGCCGUGUCUCUCCGUGCAAACGUGAUUUUGAUUCUUCUGGCCACCUUAUCUUUGUUGUGGACCUAUCCGAAUUAGUUAAGGGAUCUGAGAAGGAGUUACAAUACAAUUACCAUCUCAAUUAUGGCUUUGGCAUGUCAGCUUGCGGGCUGGAUUCCACACUUUAUUUUGUUCAAUAUGGUGGUUGGACCAUGAGUCGGACAGUACAUACUCUCGAUGUUGAGACUAAACAUCAAGGCUUGAAAUUAGGCGCAGAUGAUUUAGGCAGCUUACCUCCUAUGUUAGGCCCCAAACGCUUUGCUCUAAUAGCAUCAAUUCCUCGCACAAAAAAGAUUCUAGUACUUUCUUCUAGGUACAAGGUGUUUUUUCAUAAUCCUAAUUUGGCUGGUGAUAUUAAUGAUGCUGAUGUUAGUCUUGUCUAUGAUGAUGAUGAUGAUUUUGAUGAUGAUGAUGUUGUUGCUGACGAUGUUUUUGAUGAUGAUGAUGAUGAUGAAUUUGUUGAAUUUGUCGAUGUUGAGAUGUAUGAUAUUGGAACCAAUACAUGGGAAAAACUACCUCCACCUAUUAUCCGAAAAUUCUACGGUGGUAAGAAUCCUUACUUUUUCCUGCUGCACGGGGCCGAGGAAACAGAGAUUCCUAGGAAUGCUCGGGAUGAAGAUUUUGAAAUAUAUGAGAUUUCUCGUUAUACUUUUAUCGAUGACGAUGCAUUUCUGGUGCAACUUACUUGUGGUAUAAAGCUUACUCUUGAUCUCAAGUCUCCCUCCAAAGGCUGGAAACUGUACGAUGAUGGUAUGGUAACUAAGCCUAGUUCAGAUCAAAAUCUGUUUAUAGUUAACGAGAAAUCCCGAGUGCCUUGGUGUGCUUCUGAUAUUGGAGGAGAUGGGAAAUUCGGAAAUGCUGUUGCGUUUCCACUAUCUUCAUUCAGUGAAGAUGAUCCAGUGAAACCUCACCCUCUUUCAACCAUCACUUCUCUGGAGAGUGACGAGGGGAAGGGUCAUGUCUGCAUUUUGCAAGGUGGCGUUAGUCGGAAGUCGAAGUGUCUUCAGCUCGUUAUGGAUGUAGGGAAUGUGCAGGGUGAGGUUGUUGCUUCUUGUAGAUUUGAGGUGCCGCAUAGGAUCAAGUGGUUCGAGCCUUUCUCCAUGUUUGUUUACCAUCCAAAGCAAAGUGACACUGAAGAUCAAGCUUUAUUGCCUCAUCUUUGAAGAAUAUGUAUUUCUUCAAUUGAAGUUUCGAGACUUAGCUUUGCUGCCUAUCUUAUGAGUAUGUCAUUAAACCUUGGUGAAUUUAUCUAAGAAAUAAAUUCAUCCAUCACCCUUUUAGGAUAAAUUAUUGCCAAUCCCCAUAUUACAUGAAUGUUAAAAUCUAUGUACACCCAUAUCAAAAUAGUUUAUCUGAUAUAUAAUUAAGCAAUUAAGAGUUUUUAGUA